GGAGGAAAUGUGGGUUCACAGUUGAGGAAAGUUUCUUUGACUUCCCUUUUUCUAAUUUUACCAACUCUGUUUUGAAGAGCAUCUUGGAAGCUCCUGGAUUCUGAUGUUUGAGGAGCCAUUUUCUAUUGCUUGGAGAAUUUCCCCUUCCAGUAUUUCUAGACUUACCCUUCAUGAUGCUGUGGACAUUGCUAUUGAUCCUUGGUUUGCUCAACACACAAACUGCUAUUGCAAAGAAAGCCAUAAUGCACCUCAGCCCUCCAUGGACCACUGUCUUCAGUGGGGAAAAUGUGACUCUGACUUGCCAUGGAAUCAACUCCUUUACACCAGGCACAAUAUGGUGGUACAAAAACCAACAAUUGCAAGGAAUUUGGUCUACAGUCAGCAUUCAGACUAAUCAAGCUGGAGAGUACAGAUGUCAGACUCAGGACUCAGCCCUCAGUGACCCUGUGAAUCUGGUUGUUUCUUCUGAUCUGCUGAUCUUGCAGACCCCAUAUUCUGUGUUUGAAGGAGACACAUUGGUCCUGAGAUGCCGAGGACGUGAUGGGACAAUCACAAACAUGACAUACUAUAAGGAUGGAAGGAUAUUUUCUUAUUUCCUUAAACAUUCUGAUUUCUCCAUCUCACGAGUUGGCUUAAGUUACAGUGGCAAAUAUCACUGCACGGGAGUUUUUACGUUUAUAAUAGUUCCUUGGGAAAAAAGUUCAAGAAAAGUAGACCUUCAAGUCCAAGAAUUGUUUACACCUCCAAAGCUGAAAACCAUAACUUCCGAGCCCACAGAGGGAACUCCAGUAACACUGAGCUGUGAGACCCAGCUCUCUCCACAGAGGUUAGAUACCAAACUGCACUUCUCCUUCUUCAGAGAUGGCAGGGUCAUCACAUCAGGCUGGAAGAAGUCGCAUGUGUUCCAGAUUCCAGCCAUCCAGAUAGAAGACUCGGGGUCAUACUGGUGUGAGGCAAAAGCUGUGACUUUGAAUAUUCGGAAACAGAGCAGCUACCUAAAGAUCAGUGUGAAAAGAAUCCCUAUCUCUGGCAUCCUCAUGGAGAUCCAGCCCACUGGGGGGCAAGUGACUGAAGGAGAGAAGCUGGUCCUCAUCUGCUCAAUAGCUCAGGGCACAGGGAACAUCACAUUCUCCUGGCACAGAGAGGGCAUUAAUGCAAGCCUGGAAAAGAAGAGUCAACAUUCUCUGGAGGAGAAGUUUGUGCUCUCUACAGUGACUGAGAAUGAUUCAGGAAGGUAUUACUGUACUGCUGACAACAACAUCAGCACCAUCAGCAGUCUUCUGUCAAAUGUCAUUGUGAAAAGUAGAAAUCUCUCCUUCCCAUUCAACUCAAGUGUAAAGAUUGAUCACUUAUCUUUUGGACUCAUUGUGACCCAGUUCAUUAUGAUUGUACUUGCUGCUUCUGCACUUCUAUUUUUCUUUGGACCUUGGAGUAAGCCAGGCACACCUCAGAGAGAGACAUUGCCAGUUCAGUUCCAGACCACUUCAGUAAAAUGAAUAUUACAAUAAAGUGAGUCAUAAAAAUAUUUUUAGUGUCCUAGUGAAUAUGAAAGUUAUAUUUAUAUUAUAUAGUAGUUGAUUAAGUGUGCAAUAUUGUCUAAAAAAAGGACAUACCUUCAUUUAAAAUACUUUAUUACUAAAAGAAAUGCUAACUAUCAUCUGAGAGUUCAGUGAGUCACAAUCUUUUUGCUGGUGGAGGAUCUUGCCUCAAUGUUGAUGACUUCAGACUGAUCAGGGUGGUGAUUACUGAAGGCUGAGGUGGCUGUGGCAAUUUCUUAAAAUAAGACAAUAAAUUUUGCUUUAUUGAUUGACUUCAUUUCACUUACACACUUAAAAGCCAUUGUAGAGUUAUUAACUGGACUAAUUUCGAUAUUGCUGUUUCUCAGGGAAUAAAGAGGACAGAAGAGUUAGUUGAUGGAACAGUCAAAACACAUACCACACUUAUCAGUUAGGUUCUCACCUUACAUAGGUGUGGUUUGUGGUGCUCCCAAACAACUACAAAAAUAACAUCAAAGAAUGCCAUAAUAGAUAAAAUAAUAACAAAAAGUUUAAAAUAUUGUAUACAAAAGUGUGACAUAGAGAUUUAAUGUGAACAUGUAUUAUAGGAAAAACGGUGUUAAUAGAUCUUCUUGAUAUGGGGUUGUCACAAAUCUUCAAUUGUAAUAAAAAAAACUGCACAGUUUUAUAAAUAAAGUGAAAUGUUAUGAAAUGAGGUGUACCUGAAAAUUCCAUGAUUUAUUCUGUCAGUCUCCAAAAAUGAGGAGUCACUUGGUUUUUAUUUUUUUGCCCCCACAUAGUGCUCAGAACUCAUUUAACUAUUAUCAUAUUGAUUCUUCAUAAUGUAGAUACCACCCACCCGCUCACUCUCCACUUAGAGGAUGUGCCCUACAAUAGAAAGCACACUGGCUUUAGUCAGAGAAACAGCAUUCAAAUAUAUCUAUUGGUGCCUAAUACUUGUGUGGCCUUCCUCCCUGGACCAUAGAUUCCUCACUUUUAAAAUGAGUGGGUUGGAUUAGAUUAUCUUCGAGACCUCUGACAGUUCUAUCAUACUAUACUACCUUAACAUGAAUC